GGAGAGAGAAAAUCGGCGAGCUCGAUGUCGCAGGAUUAUCGAAAAUGGCAAAAGCUAAUAAGUUGGAAGUUUCCCACUCAAAGUCAAAAGCUUCAAGACAGAUUUCUGAUAAAAGGAUUCAAAUCAUCAAAUCGUCCCAUCAAAAACCUCACCUUCAAUCAAUACUCUAAUUUCUUCACCUCCCUCCUCAUCUUCCAAAUUUCGACAAUUAUAUUAUCUCAUAGUAAAAAAUCACGCACCCCUCCCUCACAUUAUAUAAAAACAAUGCGAGCCCUAGAAGGCUGUGCUGGGUUUAGUAGUUUUCUACUUGUAUGUACCUCUUGUGUCUGAGUGUGUGUUUGUAUGUAUGUGUGUGUGUGAGAGAAAAUUAUUAGUAUAAUUAAAGACCACAGAAUCCCAAUGUUGCGGCUGUAUCUCGUUGGAUGGUGUUGCUCCAUCAUCAAUCAAAAUUAUACUUAGUAUAAUUAUUACUCCAUUUUGGUAAGGAUAGAUCAAAUCCAGAUCUAUGGCGGCGAAAGCAGCAUUUGGUUUAGUGUCCGAGGCUGAAGAGGUUGCCCUAAUGAGUACCACCGGCGGCGGCAAGCUAGUCCGAAAGAGGGCGGCGUCGGAGAUGGGGAUGGAGAUGGAUUUGGACGGCGUCGAUAGGCUAAUUUGUCGGCGCACAAGUAAUUAUCCUAAUCCAUUAACCCCCAACUACUCCACUAGACCCAAUUUCAACGAAACCACCACCCAGCCUUUGCUUUCUCCUUCUCCUUCUCCUUUGCCUUCCGUGUGUGUUUUCUCCGGUCUCCCUCUUUUCCCUCCGGCGCCGCCGAUGGAGGACACGAUCGACGGCAUCAUCCGGGACCUCAUCCACUCCUCCUCCCACGUCUCCAUCCCCCAGCUCAUCCUCAACGUCAGAGAAAUCAUCCACCCUUGCAACCCCAACCUCGCCGCCCUCCUCGAGCAGCGCCUCCGCUCUCUCACCCGAAAGCCGCCGCCGCAACAGCCAAUCAACAACAAUGUAUUGCUCACCCAGGUGGGGGGGUUUGCUGCUAAUGACCCCUUGACUGAUUGGUCCUCCCCCAGCUCCCACUUUCUCUUCCAUCCCAACAACAUUCCUCCUCGGACUCCGCCUCCGCCUCCGCCUCCGCCUCCAACUUCUGCUGCUGCUGUUACGACGACGACGACGACUUCUUCCUUUGUCACAAUGGACCAUGCUAUUCAACCAGAGGCCGAAGAGCAGCCCAAUCAGCACAAGAGCCCAUCAGCCACCAUAAGGGAGGAGCGGAGACAACAAGAGAAAGACGAGCAAGGACUUCACCUUCUAACCCUCCUCCUCCAGUGCGCCGAGGCGGUAUCGGCCGACAACCUGGAGGAGGCGAACAGGAUGCUCCUGGAGAUCUCCCAGGUGGCCACCCCAUUCGGAACGUCCGCCCAGCGCGUCGCGGCCUACUUCUCCGAGGCAAUGUCCGCCAGAAUAGUCAGCUCCUGCUUGGGAAUAUACGCCGCGCUGCCAACUGUGCCACACACCCAGAAGCUCGCCUCCGCGUUUCAGGUCUUCAACGGGAUCAGCCCCUUGGUGAAAUUCUCCCACUUCACGGCCAACCAAGCAAUUCAAGAGGCCUUGGAGAGGGAGGACAGAGUCCACAUUAUAGAUCUGGACAUAAUGCAGGGCCUCCAGUGGCCCGGCCUCUUCCACAUACUCGCCUCCCGCCCCGGUGGACCUCCCUUUGUCCGCCUCACCGGUUUGGGAAACUCCACCGAGGCCCUCCAAGCCACCGGGAAGCGCCUAUCCGAUUUCGCGGACAAAUUGGGAUUGCCGUUCGAGUUCUGCCCCCUCGCCGAUAAAGUCGGCAACCUCAACCCUGAGAAACUGAAUAUCAGCAAGAGAGAGGCUGUUGCUGUCCACUGGCUGCAGCAUUCGCUCUACGAUGUCACUGGCUCCAACACCAAUACCCUCGGCCUCUUGCACCGAUUAUCUCCCAAGGUGGUGACGGUCGUGGAGCAGGACCUGAGCCACGCGGGUUCAUUUCUGGGGAGGUUCGUGGAGGCGAUCCACUACUACUCCGCACUGUUUGAUUCGCUGGGAGCUUGCUACGGGGAGGAGAGCGAGGAGAGGCAUGUCGUGGAGCAGCAGCUGUUGUCGAGGGAGAUAAGGAACGUGUUGAGCGUUGGGGGGCCAUCGAGGAGGGGAGAGAUCAAGUUCAACAACUGGAGGGAGAAGCUUGAGCAGUCCGGAUUCAAGGGUAUAUCUCUGGCAGGCAAUGCUGCCGCGCAAGCUACACUCCUGCUGGGGAUGUUCCCGUCCGACGGAUACACGUUGGUCGAAGACAACGGCGCCCUCAAGCUCGGCUGGAAGGAUCUCUGUUUGCUCACUGCCUCUGCCUGGCGCCCCUCCCCUCACUAGCUUCAUUUUCUUUCUUGCUUUACUGCUCACAAACUUGUUUUUUCAGCAACAAUUACACAUUUACCAUUUACUUUACAUCUAGCUGCAAACAUUUCCUAUA